AUGGGAGGUUGUGAUGGUGAUGUUUGGGUGGGAUGUGGUGAUGGUGAUGGUUUUGUAGGAUAUGUUGAUGAUGAUGGUUGGGUGGGAUGUGGUGAUGGUGAUGGCUGGAUAGCAAAACUGGCAGACCGGGUUCGGUAUAUCUUGCGCUCAAAUAUAUUUGAUGUCGCCGAACUCGAACGACCACGACGUGAGGCUGUUCCCUCAUCGGAUGAAAAUGCUACGGCUGAGGAUGCGGCGCCACAAAUUGCAGAGCAACCCGCAAACGUGAAUGCCGACGUGAAUACCCCAGUUGUGGUUGAUUCAAACGAUGAAGGAACAGUCGCCCAGGAACUGGAAUUAGAGCAUAUGAGGAGUACAUUGGAAGAGGCGAUUGUGGAAACGCACAGUACUGCUCUAGAAAAUCGACCGCGACUUCCCCGCACAGCCCUAAGCAAGCGGAAUCGGGCUGUCGUGAGGGCUCUGAACCCAGUGCUGGUGACCUAUUUGGAAGCCAGCCGGGACUUUUUGGCGCCGCACUGGCAGUAUGCCGUAUUAAAGGCGCCGAACUUUCCACGGCUGGACGCGCUACUGGACAUAUUAGCGUUAUCCCAGCUUGGGGAAUAA